AUUUGGGGGGAAAUUCAAACUCUGUAACUUCUGAUAAGGGUGAAGGAGAAAGAAAAACAAACACUGAAAUGAUCAGCCAGGCGACACCUAUAGACUAUUCUGUUCUGACAGCAGCUGAUUUUGGAAUUACACCAGAAUCUUUUACAAAACAUCAAGGGAGGGACAAAAGCAUAUUAAACAAAUUAAGGCGGCAAUCUACAAUUGGAGUACGGGGUUCUCCGGAAAAUAAUGCUCUUAUCAGAUAUAUUGCUCACCGAAAAAGAAUGAGGACUGAAGAUUCUCCUUCACAGGCCAGUCCUUUUCAACGAAAUCUUUUAUUGAAAGAUAAAAUAGCUGCCUUCCAGUCAUCCUUUCAGGCAUUUGAAGAAGCUGCGGAAGAAAUGAUCCAUACACCCUACACCUCAAAGAAAGCUGGCAAAAGAUCACAUGAACAGUCGCAACUGGACCAAGUGGGACCAUCAGAAUAUAAGGCAGUUGUUCUUGAGGAAAGUCUAAACUGUAAAUCCACCAAUGGAGAAAAGAAUUCAGCUGAUACUCAGGAAAUUCCAGUCCUGCACCCAAAUACUGUAGAAUCUCGAUGUUUACUGUUGGAAGCUACUCCAGCUGCAGGCAUCUCAAAUACAGCACGUGGUAUUCGAUCUCAAAACACUAAUGAAGAAUUAAGUACCUGUACUAUAUCACAACAAAGCUGUAAGAAGGUCAGAUUUGCAGAGAAACAGAGCCUGGAAAUAUUUGAUGAAACCAAGCCACCUAUUACCCCACUGCAGAAAGGACAGUUUCUGUCCACGUACCGUGAUAGCUCCUGUCUUCGUUCUGUUCUGAAGAAAACACCAGUAGGGAUGUUAGCUGAAGAUAUGAAGGGACAUCUUGAUUAUACCAAUACGAGAAAAGGAAGUGAAGAGCUGUCAGUCUUCCAAAGCCGUGAUCCAGUGCAAACAGAAAGAAGUACCAGACCAAUUGACAAAAUGGAGGCACACAACAAAGAGGUAGAUGUGAAAGUAUUUGACGCAUUUCAACCUGUAGAUACACCAGUACAUAGUGGAGAAGCAUCAUUCAGUCCAUCUGCAACAAGAAAUGACAGCUCUUUUAACACAACUCCCAUCAAAACAACCUUGUCCCAACCAAAUUUUGACAGUGAUGAUGGUCUUCAAGAGACAUCAGAGGUAGUUUCCACCAUUGAAUCUGUUGUGAACUCAGGUGAUAUGGAAGAAACAAAAGUAAGUUCUCCUGAUCUCCAUGCUGCAUGCAUUAGAGCCACUCGGUCCUCUGCUAGAAAGCAGGUCAACAAAGUAGAAGAAACGAGUGUCAGCCUUACAAGACAAAUGCGAACCAAGAAGACUCGUACUACCAGUGAAGUCCCAAACCCUAGAAAAUUCCAAAAUGAAAACUCUGUAACAAAGUCUUCUAAAAAAACACCUGCUUCUAGGCGCAAAGCAUUUGGAAAGAGGAAAAGGAAAAAAAAGACACAAAAAGUAUUUCAUGGGCAUUAUGAAACGGUGUCCAAGAAGCCUCUCUUGAGUCCAAUUCCUGAGAUGACAGAAGAUAUUUCCCUUAUUUCAUCUUAUCAAAGCACACCAGAAUCAUCAGUUUCCAUCUUAGAUCGUUCUUGUUCCAGCCUCGUACAUGAAACACCCGAAGAGACAAAUAGCAUAUUGCAUAGUACAGAAGAGGGUGGUAACUACCUGCAUUUCGACCUAAGUGCUGUGAAGGAAGAUGCCUUACCUGACACGGACUCAUGCUCAUUCUUACAACUGCAAGAUACUGUUCCAAACGACACACCAAUCACAUUUCCUUUGGAGCCACUUGAUAACGAUUCUCCUAAAGACUUAAAGAAUGCCUUAAAUGGACAAAUGCUGAAAAGCGACUAUUCAAGUGAGAGUGAGAUGGAACUGUGUUUACAAAACCUGCAAAGAACUGGUGAAAAAAACAGUAAAGAAGCUUCACUUCCCAUUGCAGAUUCUGCAGUAGAGCAGCCAAGUGGAGGUGACAUCUGCGUGAACGUUAAAAGAUUUCCAAGGAGAAGCAGAAGAAUCACCCGCUACCUCCCCAGUGUUGAGGAUUUUCAAGCGGAAACACCUAGAAACGAUCCCAGUGUUUCUAGAGGUAGUAUAGAACUACCUUGUAUGCCUCAGACAGUAAACGAUUCUGGAUUCUUAAAUGAGGUACUGUAUGCUAUCGAGGAAUCUUUCAGAAGCGUAACCAGUAGUACUCAAAAACGAGUGAGACGCAGCAUGAGGCAGCUUAAAAAUGCAGAAAGUGAAGGCCUUGCAUGGAUUUCAGUAUCCACUAAUGAUUCUGUGGAUCAGGCUCUGGUGAGUUCUGACUACAAAGCCAGGAGAAAGUCAUGUGCCUUCUGUCAUCCAGGAUCAGAGAUGCUGCAUCCAGAGCAAGAAAACUUGGUCCAUAUUCUCACACCAAUGAUGGAGGAUCAGAAAAGUGCUCGUGUUGGAGUUGAGCAUUGCAGAUCAAGGAAGAAAAGGAAGAGCAUUUAUUCUCAGGGUCAGGGAGAAAAUUAA